UCCCUGCACUGAGGCACUUGUAUAGGUGCCGCUUACAGUGAUUUUCUUAAUAGGCUUUUACAGCCAUCAGCUCGGCCAUGCCCCCUGACCACCCCCUGCUUCCGGCAACUUUUAAUUGGCAGCGGGAGGCACCGCUCUCGGUGCCUCUGAAAUCAUCUUAAACAGAAAUGGCAAGUGAACAGCCACCGAGUCAAGGUUCCUCUGCGGGAUCCAUUGAAGAAUACAGUCCUACCCAAGACCUCGAGGAGCUACAACGAAGAAAGAAAAAGGAAGCCUGGAAAAAGAAAAGUCAUCACAAAAAAUCUGCAGAAGUAACGACUCAGCAGCAGGAAGAUGACAAUAAUGCUUCUGAUGGUCCAAGUUCUGCAGCUGCUGGACAACAAAAAAGAAAAAGAACAGGCAGGAAGACAAGAAAGGAGAAGGAUUCGUCAACACGUCCAUCAAGUGAGCCAUCAACACUUCUAAACAUCGUGGAGACCAGUGGUAAUGGACCAUCACAGACAGAUUUUGGAGUCGGAGAUGUCCAGCAUACAAGUAGAUCACAUGCUGAUGAAAGAAUGUCGGACUUUGACACAAAUGUGAUGCCAGUUUAGAAUCUCUUGUAAUUGAAAGUAAUCUUCUGUACAUUCAACUAAUUUAUUUUUCUUCCAAUUUAGGGCAACCAUGGCACAUCGGCUGGGCUGAUGAUGUAUCGUCCUGAUAUCGGACUUGAUGAUUCUAGUGAGACGGAUCAGCCAACAGACCUUUCACACUACAGCAUCCAUUCUGACAUUCAAUUGACAGCUGCGAGUCAAGGAACAGCUACAGCUCUGACUGAAUUCUCACAGUCCACUGCAUCAGAUGAACUCGCCUCAUCGCAGAAAAUGGCAAACAGAUGAAGCAACAACAUCUGAGACUUCAAUUGGUUGUUGAAAGUGGAUUUGCAAAAUUUGAGAAGAAACUGGACAACAUGAACGUCAGUCGUGAGAAGAUUGUGUCCCAAAUACAAUACAACGCUUCAGGACAAGACACACUGAUCGAGUGUAUUGUGAAGUUCUUUGCCAGCAUGGAAUGUCAAACACACAGACAAGCACAGAUGGUUUCAAGUUUUCAGCAAUCCGCAGCUAAUUCCACACUCAGCCAACAACUUGGAAUUGCUGGUCAAUUUGCAGCUUAGAAAAAUCCAGGUUCCUCCGAGCACGACCACAGCUGCAUCUUUAGAUCCACCGACCCAGGAACCCAUGCUGUCAGAUGACCCACAAACUGCAGAAUUAGACCUCAGGCGAACCCUGGGAUUGAGACGUUGUCAUUUAUCCAGACAAGAGGAGGCCUAGGAAGAUGAUGGUGAUCCUCCAGAUACUCAACAAUGCAGUUCAACAAGAAUUUGCUCCGAAGACAGUGCGUUUGGGUACAUCGAUCACACAACUUACAGAAAGUUCACCCAGUAGCCAGUUCUCCGAUCCAUCGCUCUCUAAGCAAGAUCAAGCUCUGUUGGAUCAAUACAUCAAAAAUUUCAGGAAGGCUCAGAGGACUUAUCUUUUCCUCAUCUCUUGUCUCAUUUUCUUUCCUUCCAUUCUUCUCUGUACCUCAUUUUCUUAUCUUAUACUCUUAUAUUCCCACUCUCUUUGCUCCCUCUCCCCUACUCCUCAGUUAUUGCUCUUCUUAUUCAUUCCUUCCUUGCUCAUGUCCUU